AUGUCUCGUAAAAACAACUAAGCUAAUAAUUCUUAAAGCUAUGGAGAUUAUAUUUAUAAUAACAAUUAAAAGAGUAGCUCAAUAAAAUAACAAAACAACCAAAAUAAUUAUAAUGAAUAUUCAAUAAAUUUAAAAAAACUGAAUAAAAAAAAUGACAAUUAUAAUGAAGGGUAAUCUGAUAUUAAUUAUAACUUAGGGUCAGAGAGAAGUUUAGGUGAACAGAAAUAGCAGCAAUAAUAUAAUUAUAAUGAUUACAGUCAAAGAAGUACAAAACACAAUGAAAAUAAUGACUAUGGAUAUAUAAAAAAAUCAAAUAAUAAUAGCAGUAACAGCUUAUAAGUAAGUGAUAAAAACUACUUUAAAAAUACAAGCAAUUAAAGCAGUCUUAUGCCUUCUAUAGAUAAUUUAUAUGAUGGAUAUUCAAAAAAAUCACAAAUAAAAAGUGAUAAAAAAAAUCAACAAUAUUAUGAAUAAUAUGGAAGUAGUCCCAAAAAUAACAAAAACAAUAACAACUAUGAUGAUUAUAAUUAAAAAACUUAUAAUUCACCAAAGAAUAAUAAAGGAGAUUUAAAUUACGAUUCAUACGAGUUUACAUUUGAUAAAAAAUAAAAGAGUAAAAAUCAUGGGAACAAUUAUGAUAUCGAUUAUGAUAAUUCAAUAAUUAAAUCUUCCAAUCAAACAUCUUAGAGAGAUUUGUUUGAAAAUUAGAAUGACUAUGAUAUUUCAGAUGGUUAAAGUGAUGAUUGUCUAGACAUCAGUGAUUUAGAAGAUGAAGGAGAAUUAAGAAAUAAAAGGUAUCAAUCAAAGUAAAGAUAUGAAAAGAGAGAAUAAGUAUAAGAAUGGGAGAUUGAGUAUGCUUACAAAAAAUUUAGAGCAAACAUGAAGUAGAUUAUGACAAAAAAGUAAAUCAAUCUUAGGACUAUUUUUAGGCAACUAGAUACUGACAAUGAUAAUUUUAUUUCUUACAUUGAUUUUUGUAGAGGAUUGAGUUAAAUAAAUAUAAAUAGUCAUAUUUAUUUUAAUUUGGAAGAUUUUGAUUUGAUUACUUGUUUGUUUGAGAGAUUGGAUAUAGAGAAACAAAAGAAAAUAUCCUUUGAUGCUUUUAGAUAGGCUAUUUAUAAAAAUAAAGAAGAUAAAUUACAAAUAAGUAACUUACUAAAGAAAAUUAGGUUAAGAUUCAAUUAAAAUGAUAAAGAUACACUAAAUAAGCUAUUCUUGUAAUUUGAUUAGAAUAAUGAUGGGAAAAUUUAGUUCAAUGAGUUCAAGUAAAUAAUGCAAAAAUUUGAGCUGUAAACAAAAGAAAUUGAUGAGUUAUUUAUUCAUUUUGAUAAACUUAAAUAAAAUGAAAUCGGUUAUGAGGAAUUCACAAAAGUAUUGUUUGAAGACCAUAUGAUAUAGUCUAACAUUUCUAAGACAAUAUAAGAAUACAUGGGAGAAAAAUCUAUGUCUUUAAGGCAUUUAUAUGAUAGCUUUAGUGAUCCCUAAACAAAAGAGCUUAAAAUAGGAUAGUAUAUAAAAAUGAUGAAACAUAUUGGAUUUAAAUACUCAGAUUCGAUUGUUGAAGAAACAUUUGAUUUUUUUGAUGCAGACAAAAGUGGAGCCAUAUCAUAUGAAGAGUUUGAAAAAGUCAUAUACGAGUAAGAUAGCUCUUAAAAUUAAAAUGCUUAGAGUAGGAUCCCUAUUAUUCUUAGAUCUAUAAGGAGAUAAACUUUAUCUCGAGGUAUUGAUAUAUGUUUAAAAUUAAAGAGUGUUAAUCACAAGUCAAGAAAUCGCUUAACUUUUAGCAUCUUUUGUGAAUGUCUUAGAGAACUUAAUGUCGAUAUUAAGCAGUUUGAAAAAGAGGUGCUUUUUAAUUCAUACAAAAGAGUGAAUGAACAAGAUUAUUUAGAUGUUGAUAAGAUUGUUGAUGAUAUCUUAUUCUAAAAAUUUGAUAUCAGUUUUAUAAGAUAAAGACUACUUGCAAAUUUAAAAAGAUAUAACUUAACAUAUGGGUAGCUAUUCAGCUUUUUUGAUGAAAAUUAAAAUGAGACUAUAAAUUAUUAGGAAUUCUGCUAACUACUUGAUGUUAUUUAAGUAAGACUGAGUACAGAGGAAAGCAUAGAAGCUUUUGCCACCUUUGAUAUAAAUCAAGAUGGAGAUGUUACUUAAGAUGAAUUCAUUCGUGUUUUAGAAGGAAAAGAAGUUGAUCACUAAAUAAGGUUUGAAUAAAUGAUGAACAACCUCAAAGUGUAAUAAAAGGCUCAACAACCUAAAAAUUUGUUGCAAUUACUUGAGCAUAAAGGAAUAAAAGUAGAAGAGCUAUAGAUCAAAGAUAUGAUGAGUGAAAUUGAAGAUCAACUAGAUAUUAAAAAAUAAAUUCCCCAAAAAAGCAUUUAUUUCAACAAUAAUUAGAACUCAAUAAAUGGAAAAAUUCAAUAACACUCAUUUUCUGAAAUGUAUUUAAAAUUUGUAAAAGAAAAACCAGGAGCUUUAAAAGAAGAAUUUGACUUUAAUUAAGUUUUAGAAUGUAUAAUUUACAAUAUUUAAGAGUUAAAUAUAGAUUUUAUUCAUGAAUUCAUUAGAGUUGAUGUUUAACAUUAUUGUGUUUUGACAUCAGUAACAGAUUUUUAGAAUAUUCUUUAGAAUAUUAAUAUAUUUUUCACCAAAGAAAUUGUAGAGCAAGCCUAUCUCCUCUUCAUGAACUCUCAAAAUUAAUUUGAAUAUAUUAAAUUUUUAAUGACCAUUUACAACCCUUUUUAUCUUUUUAAAAGAAUCUUCAUUUAUUAAAUGCAGAUAAAAGAUUUCGAUUUAGUUGACAUGCUCCAAUCAAUUAAGUAACUUAGUAAAGAUUAAAAAUAAAUUGACUCUUAUGAAGAAAAUUUAAAAAUAACUCCAACUGAUUUCGUUGAUUAUUGCCUAUAAACUUAUCUAACCUUUGAUAAAAACAGCUUUUAGUAUAUUUGGACUAAGUUUAAUCCAAAAGAAAAUGAAAGUAUUGGAGUGGAAGAUUUUGCAAUAGGAUUAUAAAUUCCUUACAAUUACCAUCCAUUUAUAGACAUAUAAAAUAUGGCAGAGUACUAAAUUGAGGUAAUUAAUGAAUUUUGCCAUUUGAUGGCAAGGAAUGCAUAUGAGAGAAAUAUUAAUAUUAUAGAACUAUUUCUUUACUUUGAUAAGGAAUGCACUUUUAAAUUGAAUAGUCCUUGCAUGCUGUAAAAAAUAGCAAAUAUUCUUUAAAUCAGAAUGUCUAACCUAGAAAUAAAAGCAAUUUAUACAUACCUCUCAAAAGGUGAUUCUUGUGGUUAAAUGCCAUAUUUUGAUAUUAUAAAAAAAACUUAGCUUCCACAUAUUUAUUUAAAAAGUAUUCUCGUAAUAUUUAUAAGGAUGGAAAGAUGGACAUUGAAAUAAUUGUUUGACCAUUUUUAAAAAGAGAACGUUUGGGAUUUAGAAAUACUAAAAUAAGUAAUUGGCUAUGCUAAAAUAAAAAGCAUAUCAAAAUGUAUAGAAAGAACUUUUUAAAUAUGGGUUAAUAAUAAGAAUCAAAUGAAUUUAAGUGAUUUAGAGAGAAUCUUGAACAUAUAAGAAAGUUGGAGUCCUAGACAAAUAGAAUUAGAUUUUUUGAACAAGUAAAAUAUGAACAUAAAAGAUUAUAUUCAUCUAAUUGAUGUUGUACCUAGUUCAAAUCCUAACUAUUAUUUAUAUUACUAUAUUAAUGAACCAACAACUGAGUUUCUAUAAAAUUAAAAGAAAAUUCUUUAGUAGGGAGAAGAAUAUGCAAUAUAGUAAAGAUAAAAAGAAUAAAGAGGAGGAAUUUUAUCUGCAGAAGAAGAGCAAAUUAUUGCUUAAGCUGCCUCAUUUCUAACCUAAACAACAAGUAAAAAAGGUAGUAGUGAAAAUUUUCCUAUAAAUAGAAGCAGGUAGAGCACAUUAUAAUCUCCUAAAAUGAGAAAUUCUUUUAUUUCAAAUCAAUAAAACUUGCUUAAAAAGGACAGUGUUCUUUCAAAAUUUAACAAAUGA